UGAAGAGAUGACAAUUUAUCCGUAUAUAAGGUGCUUAUUCCGUUGUAAAAAGAUCAGUUAAGAACUGAAGUUUGUUCUGUCAGCACACAGUCGUUUUUUGCCGAUAAAAGCACAAUGUCAAAGAAGAUGGCGGAUCCAGAGAAGUACGCUCUAACUGACGAUCUUCAAAAGAGCAAAGUAACGAAUUUAAUCGAUGAAUAUGCCGAUGAUUUAAUAAACAUGUCUGGCAAGUGUAUGGAUAUUGGUUGUGGUCCCGGAGAUAUAACGAAAGAACUUCUUUUACCCGCUCUUGAUUCGAAAGCGGAAAUAAUUGGCACGGAUAUUUCCCAAGACAUGAUCGAUUAUGCGAAUGAGCAGUACAAUGAUAAACAACUCAAGUUCGAAGUACUAGACAUUCAAACCAAAAAUUUGCCGAAAAAAUAUAUCUCCGAAUUUGAUCAUAUCUUCUCAUUCCAUGCUCUACAUUGGUGUAAAGAUAUUCGCCAAGCUUUUGAAAAUAUUUAUUCCAUGCUUCGACCUAAUGGAACUAUGCUCGUGUUAAUGGUAGGAUAUCAUGAUAUAUUUGAAGUUAUCCAAGUUCUGGCCAAAGAUGAUCGCUAUUCAUCGUACAUAGGAGACGUGAAAAAUUACGUUUCUCCGUAUCACAAUUCAAAACGUCCUCACAAAGAAUUGAAAGAUUUGCUUGGAAAUAUUGGAUUUGAGGUUCAACAUAGUAGUACACGAGAAGCGGUAUGCUCCAUAGAUACAAAAAAAUUUUUAACCUCGAUAAAGUCCUUUAUUUCAUUUUCGGAUAACAUGCCAGAGGACUUAGCGGAAGAAUUUAAAAAUGAUUAUAUACGCGAAUAUAUGGAGAGAAAAAUUGUCUAUGAUGCACAUCAUGAUUGCAAGAAUUGUACUUUUGUCAUAGAUUUAUACAAAUUGUUAGUGGUUUCUGCACGAAAACCUGAUAAUGCACAUAAGUAAAAUUAUUUAUGUGCCUAAACAUAUAUGUAAUAACAGUCCUUAUGGAUAAUCGAUUAAAAUCUUACUAAACUUA